GGAGGAGGAGGACGAGGAGGAGGAGGAGCUGCUGAGGAGGGACCCUUUGCUGCCAGCGGGGACCCAGCGCGUGUGCUUGGUUCACCCUGACGUCAAGUGGGGACCCGGGAAGCCGCAGGGGACCCGAGCAUUCUCGUCUCCCCGGAAGGAGACCCUGGACCCCCAGCAGUAGGCCUCCCCCUUGCUUCUCCCCCACCCAACCCCUGGCGACCAGGAAUCGGCCUUCUGUCCCUGUGGAUUUGCCUGUCCUGGACGUUUCACGUGAGUGAUACGUGGUCUUUUGUGUCUGGCUCCUCUCACUGAGCGCCAUGUUUCUGAGGCACGUAUAUGUUGUAGCCCGUGUCAGUGCUUCAUUCCUUUUUUUUCUUAAAAACUGUUUUUUAGAGGGCUUUUAGAUUCAGAGCAAAAUCGAGAGGAACGUAUAGGUACUUUUCAUACAUGCUCGCUGCCGUCACCAAUGGAUGGUCUCCGCCGCCUUCAGCAUCCCCACCAGAUGCUGAGCGGCAGGUGGUGGAAGCACAGGCGCUGGUGCACACGCUGGAUGGUUGGUCGGUGGUGGACACGAUGGUGGUGCCCACCAAGACGCCAGGCAGGAAGCUCAUCUUCGGCAGAGGGACCUUGGAGCACCUGACAGAGAAAAUCAGAGGCUCCCCGGAAGUCACCGCCGUCUUCCUGAAUGUGGAGAGGAUGGCUGCACCCACCAAGAAAGAACUGGAAGCCGCCUGGGGUGUGCGGGUGUUCGACCGAUUCACGGUGGUUCUUCAUAUUUUCCGCUGCAACGCCCGCACCAAGGAGGCCCGGCUGCAGGUGGCCCUGGCCGAGCUGCCCCUGCUCAGGUCCCACCUGAAAAAUGACGUUGCCCACCUGGGCGGACGAGGAGGGGGCUCUCGCCACAUCAUGGGGUCAGGAGAGUCUUUCCUGCAGGUGCACCAGCGUCUCCUGAAAGAUAAGGAAGCGAAGAUUCGGAAGGCCCUGGACAAACUCCGCCAGAAGAGGCUUCUCCUGGGGCAGCAGCGGAGGCGGCGGGAGUUCCCUGUGGUCUCCGUGGUCGGAUACACGAACUGCGGAAAGACCACGCUGAUCAAGGCCCUGACGGGGGACGCCGCCAUCCAGCCCCGGGACCAGCUGUUUGCGACGCUGGACGUCACAGCCCGCGCGGGGCGGCUCCCCUCCCGGCUGACCGUUAUCUACGUGGACACCAUCGGCUUCCUCUCCCAGCUGCCCCACAGCCUGGUCGAGUCCUUCUCGGCCACCCUGGAGGACGUCCGCCGUUCGGAUCUGGUCAUCCACGUGCGAGACGUGAGCCACCCCGAGACAGAGCUGCAGAAGGCCAGCGUCCUGUCGGCCCUGCGGGCCCUGCAGCUGCCGCGCCCGCUGCUGGACCACAUGGUGGAAGUGCUCAACAAGGUGGACCUGGUGCCCGGGUACAGACCCGCCGAACCCAACGCGGUGGCCGUGUCUGCGCUCCUGGGGCUCGGGCUGGAGGAGCUGAAGGCCAGGCUGGAGGGAGCGGUUCUGAGAGCCACGGGCAGGCAGGUCCGCACGCUCCGAGUGGGGCUGGCGGGGCCGCAGCUGAGCUGGCUGCAUCAGGAGGCCACGGUGCAGGCGGUGGACGUGAGGCCUGAGGCCGGGGUGGCCGACGUCAAGGUCAUCAUAAGCGACCCGGCUUACGGCAGGUUCAAGAAGCUCUUUCCAGGGUGAAAGGACGCCCAAGGGUGCGGAUGCUCCCUGAGGACUGAGGGGGGGCUCCCCGGGGGCCGGGGGGCUGCAGCGUUCCCGCCUCAGAGAGGAGCGGGCGCCCCGCGUGGGCCCUACGCCCCCGUGAGCCUGGCGGGAGGGCCGCUGGGGCUGGGAGCUGGCGUCGAUGGUGAGACUCUGAGCGGUUCCGGUUGACCGUCAGGGGCGUCUGGAGAGCUGACGUCCCGUCCAGGGUGCUUGAGCCGCGAGACAGUAAAAGCUUUGUGUGUGUUCGUGAA